AUUAAGUCGAGCAGCGACCAUUUGGACGAAACCUUCAUUAAAGGCAUGACCAACGAUAUUACAAUCGCUGGCUCGAUGACAACAACAGCACAAAUAAAAUCAUUGAUUGCAUUAACAGUGGACUAUCCGGAAGUACAACAGAAAUUGCAAGACGAAAUAGAAACGGUGUUGGGACAAAGAGUACCGACAUAUGAGGAUCGGCGCUCAAUGCCAUACAUGGAGGCGUUCAUAUUGGAGUCACUGCGUUAUAUGUCGGAGCUCGCACUAUCUGUUCCACACGAAACCUUGAAGGACGUGACAUUGAGGGGGUACUUCAUACCUAAAGGCACCCAGAUUUGGCCAAACCUGUAUGGACUUCAUCACGAUGAGCGUUUCUUCCCAGAUCCCUACACGUUUAAACCCGAACGUUUCCUCGACCAAAAAGGAGAGAUGAUACCCACUGACCAAAGAAAAUAUCUGAUGCCAUUUGGGGGUGGAAAGAGAGUAUGCAUUGGAGAACAGCUGGCCAAGAUUCGAAUGUUUCUUUUCAUGACAACCUUGCUUCAGCGCUACACACUGUACCCUGAGCGGGACGGAUGCCCUCCAAACUACGACUCGCGCAAGUCAGUACUUGGACUGGUAAUGCAGAUGCAUCCCUACAAGAUUAAGACAGUCAAGAGAUGAUUAAUGUUCAUAUUAUUACAAAAAAUGAACGCUGCAGCGUGCAUUCAAUUUCAAAGAAAAAUAAACAUUUCGAAAAGAAUAAAUAAUGUUUAUGAAAAUUGAAUGAUCUCACAUACUUUAUACAUGAACAUGAUAAUAUAACAUAGAUCUGAAACCAGAUUUCAAGUUCCUUGUUGGACCUGAUCAUGAAUUAUAUCAAAAAAAAUUAUUCAAAAAAUUAAUCAUUCUUUGUGUAACCGUUAGAAAAAUUAUUAUGGACUCGCAGGAAGACUUUAACACUAGGAAAAUGUAAGCUACUAGAAUCAAUGCAAAUUUUUACUUGAAACAAAUUCAGUGAUUGAUUCUCACUAUGUACCAUGUACAACGUUGAUUAAUGUAAAAUAUUGAUUUUGAUUUCUUGAAGGAUUUUCUUUCCAUUUUGGGGUAGAAGGUAACAUGAUUUGGUGACAUAUGUAUUAUAUGUAUGUAUGAUGUAUGUAUUCUUUUUAU